GCCAAAAUUCAGCUGUAAAAAAAGCUUAUUUGAUCACAUCUAGUAGGUGAAAGGCACUGGUCUGCCCUACUUUUCUGUUAAGCGGGAUAUCGCCAGUAAGAUUGCGGGUGUGAUAGAGGAUUUUCAAGAGGAAACGCUUCCUCUGGAAACAAAUGUCUUAAAAGUAGUUAGGAGUACCUGCGAAGACUUAACUUUUCAAGAAAUAUACCUUCUGUCGUCUUUUAGCGGUUAGAAGUACGAGAAAAGGCAAAGAGGACGUAACCUGCCCCCGUAGGGCUCUGAGGGCAGAACUCCGAAUCGUUACCGUAGCCGUUUACCGCUUAAAAGCCAGGAAAGUAGAGGAAUAUGGCUUCUUUAGAUCUGCAGGACUUAUGCUUGCACAUCAACAUGAAGAUUUCAACUAUCAAAAAGACUCUUCAAUUAAGAAACAUAGGUCAAGAACCAUCACUGAAAUCUAUGCUCUGUAAAAUAGGACAUGAGAUGGUUCUCUUAAAUGAGCUCCUAAACAAAAUGGAAAUGGAAGUGCAACAGCAAGAAAAGUUGAAGAAUUUGCUCAAAGAGCUCCAGAAGUCUGCUGAGAGAGAUCAAAGUGAAGCACAUCACCUCUGUGAAAAUAUUCCUCCCCAUCUGCCUAAACCAACUCAGAGCUGCAUCACUGGGCUAACGGUAAAAUGUGGAGAACAAACAAAAGUCAUAGAACCUGAACGUGCAAAGAAAUCUGUAAAAGAGCCAAGAUUUAUUAAAGAAGCAGCCUUAAUAACUGCAGAAGAAUUUGAAAGUGUUCCUGCGUACAUGAGAGGUCGUUUAACAUAUGAUCAAAUUAACGCGGUGGUUCAAGACAUGAACAAGGCUGUGGUUAGCAAGUACAGGAUCCUGCAUCAGCCACUGAAAUCUAUGAAUGCCACUGUCAGAAAUCUCUACCACAGAUUCCUGGAAGAAGAAACUAAGGAUACAAAAGGUGAAUUCUUUAUUGUGGAGGCUGAUAUCAAGGAGUUCACUCUGCUGAAAGUCGAUAAGCGCUUUCAUAGCAUCCUCAAUAUCCUGCGCCACUGCCAGAGAGUGAGAGAAGUCCGUGGCUCACGACUUGUCCGCUACGUCAUCUGCUAGCAAGCUUUCUGGACGCUUCUUACCCGAGAUAUGGAGGGCUGAAGUAUUCUGAGAUGCAGAUAUGUUAUGUUGUCUGCAGAGAGACAGUAUGUGGGGGCAUUCCCAUUCAACUUUUUUUUUAAGGCAGAAGCGCAAAGCAAAAAUUGUUCAGAUUAUCUAUUCUAAAUUAGGAUUAGAAAUAUCACAUGACUCUAAGUAUUUGAGUUUUUUAUUCUGGAAACUGAGAGGAACUACCAUCUUUUGGUGAAUUACAGAUUCAAAACAGAUAUGCAAUUGACACACCUGUGGUUACAGGCAGUUUAAUCACUUUCAGGCCAGCACUCAGAAGUUAGUCUCUGCAAGUUAAUGUUUCUUUUGUGUGUAUGAGGUGGAGAAUGUAUUUAAAACAGCGUAGCUACUCAAAGGAAGCAUUUGAUUCCCCCUUCU